GUUACAAUGUUUUCAUCAUUAAGGAAUGGAACAUAAAGAAGCUCGUGUUAGUGCUAUGCGAUCUGCAAUAUCUGAAACAUUUCCAGAACCAAAUCGGCGAUUAUUGCAAAGGAUUAUGAAAAUGAUGCACACAAUUGCUGCUCAUACAUCUGACAACCGAAUGACUCCGUCUGCUGUUGCUGCCUGCAUGGCACCAUUGUUAUUGCGGCCACUUUUAGCUGGUGAAUGUGAGCUGGAUGAUGACUUUGAUGUAAAUGGUGAUAAUUCUGCUCAGCUACUGGCAGCAGCAAAUGCUGCUAACAAUGCUCAAGCAAUCAUUACUAUUAUUUUGGAGGAGUAUGACAACAUAUUUACCCUUGGCAGAAUCUUUCCAAGGCGUUCUCUGUCACCAGACUCACAAAUCGAAGAUAGUGGAAGUGAAGAUUCAAUAAUGGAUGUUAAAGAUAAUGGAUUCAAUGAUCCAGAGAGCAUUGUAGAUCCUGUAAUGGAUGAUGAUCCUGAGCGUGUGUUUAGUGGCAAACUGAGUGAAACCAGUGGUUAUGCUGGUAGCGACCUCUAUGAUUACAAGGUUUUUGGUAGAGACGAUUCGGAUACUGAAUUUCCGAGAGAGAGUCAAACUUCAGCAGUAAAGAUGGAGCCUUUAAGGGAUUCAGAGCCCCUGCCAAAUGAGCAUAGUUUGACAAUUAAAAGUUUUGAAAACACAUUAAAUGAUGAUAGUCCAAAAGUUUUGCCUAUUUGUGAAACUCCCCCACUAGUGGGGGAGUUUCUAUCUUCAUUUGAUCCAGGAACAUCGUUUGCAACUCCAUUAACAGAAUAUCGUGCAGAGAGGAACCCUACUAAAUUGAAUGGAUCGCGCACCCAUGUAAAGCGCUCAAAUCUGUGGGGACACAACAAUGCUAGAAAGAAUCAAUCAGCGGAAUCAGUUGAUUUAUCUGGCGAAGAAGAACUGGCUAUUCAAAGGCUUGAGAUUGCAAAGAACGAUCUUAUGAUCAGGAUUGCAAAAGAGGCUAAAGGAAAUGCUAUACUGCAAGCAAGUUUAGAAAGAAGAAAGCAGGCUUUGCAUGAACGGCGCCUAGCCUUGGAACAAGAUGUUUCAAGGCUGCAAGAACAAUUACAGGCUGAGAAGGACCUUAGAGCAGCAUUAGAGGUUGGCUUGAGCAUGUCUUCUGGACAAUUUUCGAGCUCACGUAGCAUGGACUCAAAAACUAGAGCAGAACUUGAGGAGAUAGCCCUAGCUGAAGCAGAUGUUGCUAGGUUGAAACAGAAGGUUGCAGAGCUACACCUUCAACUUAACCAACAACGACAGCAACAGUAUGGUUCUCUUUCUGCUGCAUGUGAUCGCUAUCAGCACCUUCAGCAUCAUCUUUCACAACCAAAGAUCGUUCAACAAGAUUUUGAUAUGAAUCUUGCCUUCUGCAAUAACGAGAAGAAACAAAAAAGUGAGGAGAGCUCAUCAGUAGCUGAUUGGAGAUCUGUUGGUGGCAAAAACCUAAACAGAAAACAUUCUCUCGAUAGAAGUCUUGGUGAUGCAAAAGAUGCAGAGGCAUCUACAAGUGUGCCAUCUGAGACAAAUUCUUUUGUCCCUGAAAAUGUUCAUCUUCCUAAAGCCAUUGAGGGAAUGGAAUACAUGAGGCAUCCGCCAAUGGCGUCUUCGACUUUGGUCGAAUUAACAACCCGUCUCGACUUCUUCAAGGAACGGCGGUCCCAACUUAUGGAACAACUCCAUAAUCUUGACUUGAGUCAUGGAACAUCCUCUCAGGGAACGGCUCACAAAUUUUCACCUCCAUGGAAUAGCCCUAGAUGAAAAUGGGAUGCCAAUAAGCACAAUGCUUUGUACAUCUAUGACGCCUGUGUCUAUUUUUGCAUUAACUGCAACUAUUCGUUUUUCUUAUUCACUGUACAGUCUUAAAUCAUCAGAUGAUGCAGCUAAGUAUUCUCUGGUUAUUUGUAAUGGUUGUAAUGAUUUGAAUGGUCGUAAUGAUCAUGCCAAGGUUGUAAAUCCUGUGCUUUUUGAUUUUUUUAUUUAUUUUUUAUUUUUUUGUCAGAUUGUUGUUGUAGUUUGUGAUAAAGUUUUACGGCCA